ACACACACACACACACACACACACACACACACACACACACACACACACACACACACACACACACACACACACACACACACACACACACACACACACACACACACACACACUGUGCCUCUCCUAAGCACUGCCCACUGAGAUGGAUUGGGAGAGAGUGGGCUUGAAGGAUUUGUGAAAAGAGAGAAAGAGAGGGAGAGACAGAGAAAGAGAGGGAGAGAGAGAGCUCUCACACAGUGGCUGAGGAUUACCAGACAGCAACCUGCAAACGAACCAAUCAUGUGUAUUACAACAGUGUGUGAGUGAGAGAGAGAAGAGGAGCGAGAAAGAGCGUGAAAAGAGACAAGAGAAAAGGAGAGACAGAUGGUCACAGAGGGGAGGCGUACCAAGCUGGCUGUGAAGACAACAUUGUGGUUUCUUCAUGUCAGAAACAGAAGGAUUAUCUGUGAUCUGUAAAUGUCAGCAGAAAUCAUAAAAAAUUCAGUCAAAAUUCAGUUCAGUCAAUACUCAGUCAGUGUAAUCAUCCAAUACUCUGUUAGCGUAAUCAUCCAAUACUCAGUCAGUGUAAUCAUCCAAUACUCUGUUAGCGUAAUCAUUCAAUACUCAGUCAGUGUAAUCAUCCAAUACUCUGUUAGCGUAAUCAUCCAAUACUCAGUCAGUGUAAUCAUCCAAUACUCAGUCAGCGUAAUCAUUCAAUACUCAGUCAGUGUAAUCAUCCAAUACUCUGUUAGCGUAAUCAUCCAAUACUCAGUCAGUGUAAUCAUCCAAUACUCAGUCAGUGUAAUGAUUCAAUACUCAGUCAGUGUAAUGAUUCAAUACUCAGUCAGUGUAAUCAUCCAAUACUCAGUCAGUGUAAUCAUUCAAUACUCAGUCAGUGUAAUCAUUCAAUACUCAGUCAGUGUAAUCAUCCAAUACUCUGUUAGCGUAAUCAUCCAAUACUCAGUCAGUGUAAUCAUCCAAUACUCAGUCAGUGUAAUGAUUCAAUACUCAGUCAGUGUAAUGAUUCAAUACUCAGUCAGUGUAAUCAUCCAAUACUCAGUCAGUGUAAUCAUUCAAUACUCAGUCAGUGUAAUCAUUCAAUACUCAGUCAGUGUUAUCAUCCAAUACUCAGUCAGCGUAAUCAUCCAAUACUCAGUCAGCGUAAUCAUCCAAUAUUCAGUCAGUGUAAUGAUUCAAUACUCAGUCAGUGUAAUGAUUCAAUACUCAGUCAGCGUAAUCAUCCAAUACUCAGUCAGCGUAAUCAUCCAAUACUCAGUCAGUGUAAUGAUUCAAUACUCAGUCAGUGUAAUCAUCCAAUACUCAGUCAGCGUAAUCAUCCAAUACUCAGUCAGCGUAAUCAUCCAAUACCCAGUCAGUGUAAUGAUUCAAUACUCAGUCAGCGUAAUCAUCCAAUACCCAGUCAGUGUAAUGAUUCAAUACUCAGUCAGUGUAAUGAUUCAAUACUCAGUCAGUGUAAUCAUCCAAUACUCAGUCAGUGUAAUCAUCCAAUACUCAGUCAGCGUAAUCAUCCAAUACCCAGUCAGUGUAAUCAUCCAAUACUCAGUCAGUGUAAUCAUCCAAUACUCAGUCAGCGUAAUCAUCCAAUACUCAGUCAGUGUAAUGAUUCAAUACUCAGUCAGUGUAAUGAUUCAAUACUCAGUCAGUGUAAUCAUCCAAUACUCAGUCAGUGUAAUGAUUCAAUACUCAGUCAGUGUAAUGAUUCAAUACUCAGUCAGUGUAAUGAUUCAAUACUCAGUCAGUGUAAUGAUUCAAUACUCAGUCAGUGUAAUGAUUCAAUACUCAGUCAGUGUAAUGAUUCAAUACUCAGUCAGUGUAAUGAUUCAAUACUCAGUCAGCGUAAUGAUUCAAUACUCAGUCAGUGUAAUGAUUCAAUACUCAGUCAGUGUAAUGAUUCAAUACUCAGUCAGUGUAAUGAUUCAAUACUCAGUCAGUGUAAUGAUUCAAUACUCAGUCAGUGUAAUGAUUCAAUACUCAGUCAGUGUAAUGAUUCAAUACUCAGUCAGUGUAAUGAUUCAAUACUCAGUCAGUGUAAUGAUUCAAUACUCAGUCAGUGUUGCUGCAUCUGUCCAGAAGGCUGUCCAGAAGGCUGUCCAGAAGGCUAGCUCACAGAGGGAAAUGAUUCCGCAUGAAGCUGACGGACGGCUCUCCUCCUCUCUCCACGACAACGCCGGGUGUGACUCGGGCUGCUCUCACGGCAACGGCAGGUGUUCUGCUCUCUGCUGA